AUUUUCUCAUCAAAUAAUAUUAUCUAAUGCAGAUAUAAAAGUCUCCAUCACAUAACCAGAGAAAUUAUUAAGAAGAUGAGUAGAAGAUUUUCCAUCUUCAAUGUUGUUUUACUUCUCUUCUUUGGAUCAACUGCUCUGUUUUCUCCGGUCACCGGUGACCUAGCCGGCGACAGACAAGCCCUUCUUGACUUCCUCAACAACAUCAUUCACCCACGGUCUCUAGCGUGGAACGCAAGCAGUCCGGUAUGCACCACGUGGCCAGGGGUCACAUGCGACAGAGACGGCACACGUGUCACUGCCCUUCACUUGCCCGGAGCGAGUCUUUUAGGAGUGAUCCCGCCUCGAACUAUCAGCCGUCUAUCAGAGCUUCAGAUCCUCAGUCUUCGAUCCAACGGCCUACGAGGCCCGUUCCCGAUUGAUUUCUUGCAGCUGAAGAAACUCAAAGCAAUUAGUCUCAGCAACAACCGAUUUUCUGGGCCAUUACCGUCCGAUUACGCCACGUGGACGAAUCUCACCGUUCUUGAUCUGUCCGGUAACCGGUUUAACGGUAGUAUUCCUGUGGGAUUUGCUAAUCUUACCGGACUCGUCUCGCUUAACCUAGCUAAAAACUCAUUUUCCGGUGAGAUUCCGGAUCUAAAUCUCCCCGGUCUACGCAGACUUAACUUUUCCAACAACAAUCUCACCGGAUCAAUCCCAAAUUCUCUGAAAAGAUUCGGGAACUCGGCUUUUUCCGGCAACAACUUAGUUUACGAAAAUGCCCCUCCUCCGGCGGUUUCACCCAAAGAGAAAAAGAAAAACGGGAUCUAUAUCUCUGAACCCGCAAUUCUCGGGAUAGCGAUUAGCGUUUGCUUCGUGAUAUUCUUUGUAAUCGCGGUUCUGAUAAUCGUUUGCUAUGUUAAAAGGCAGAAGAAGCAAAAGACAGAGACAGAGACAGAACCAAAACCAGAGAAGUUGAAACCAGCUCAAAAGAUGCCAAGUGAGAAGGAAGUUUCUAAAUUAGGAAAAGAGAAGAAUAUAGAAGAUAUGGAGGAUAAGAGCGAAAUUAACAAAGUUAUGUUCUUUGAAGGAAGCAAUCUAGCUUUUAACUUGGAAGACUUGUUGAUAGCUUCUGCAGAGUUUCUAGGGAAGGGCACUUUCGGGAUGACGUAUAAGGCGGUUCUAGAAGAUUCCAAGGUCAUCGCGGUUAAGCGGUUGAAGGACAUAGUGGUAUCCAGGAAGGAUUUUAAACAACAAAUGGAGAUUGUAGGAAACAUUAAGCACGAGAACGUUGCUCCCUUAAGGGCUUACGUGUGUUCCAAGGAAGAGAAGCUUAUGGUGUAUGAUUACUACUCUGAUGGCAGUCUUUCUCUUCGUCUCCAUGGUACGUUCCACAAUUUUCAGUUUAUUCUUGCAAACGCAAAUGGCAAGAACACCGACGAGGGCCAUGUCCCGUUGAACUGGGAAACGCGAUUGAGAUUCAUGAUCGGAGUAGCAAAAGGAUUAGGUCACUUACACACACAGAAGCUCGCACAUGGAAACAUCAAAUCUUCUAACGUCUUCAUGAACUCGGAAGGAUAUGGAUGUAUAUCGGAAGCCGGUUUACCUCUGUUAACAAACCCGGUUGUGAGAGCAGAUUCAUCAGCCAGAUCAAUACUACGUUACCGUGCCUCAGAAGUAACCGACACAAGGAGAUCUACACCGGAAUCAGACGUAUACAGUUUUGGAAUCUUGAUGUUGGAGACUCUAACCGGAAGAUCGAGUAUGGAUGAUAGAAAGGAAGGGAUAGAUCUGGUGGUAUGGGUGAAUGAAGUUAUUGCAAAACAAUGGACAGGUGAAGUGUUUGAUAUGGAGCUUGUCAAGACUCCUAACGUUGAAUCAAAGUUGCUUCAGAUGUUGCAGUUAGGGACAAGUUGUGCGGCUAGGGUUCCUGCGAAGAGACCAGAGAUGGUGAAAGUGAUUGAGACUUUGGAGGAGAUUGAGAGGGACUGAUUAAUACAUUCUAGAAUUUUUAUUUUACGGGCUCAAUCUGUGGCUCCUGCUCCGGCUCCAACAAGUGACGGAACAACGAUAGACCAAGGCAUAGCAUAUGUCCUUAUGUUGGUGGCUUUGGUCCUCACAUAUCUCAUCCAUUGAUCCUUUUGUCAAUUUAAGUUUGGUCUCUAUUUAGUUUAAUUAUAUUUUUGCAUUUUGAUUAUAACUAAAUAGAGACCAGAAAAGUUUGUAUGUGUGGUAGAGAAAAUUAAAGAGGUUUUCUAAUU